UGCUGACGUAACGAACCGCUAGCUUUGCCUCCGCCGGUGCCACGGCUGUCGUCGUAGCAUCACUAAACUUAAGCCUAUCAUCUUGUAUGGUAGAAAAUUUGAGCGUUUACGACCUUUGUGUGUGUUGCUAUAUUUUCUAGGAGCGAGUAAAAAUGAUUUCACUCACGGAUUCACAAAAAAUUGGGAUGGGGUUGACAGGGUUUGGUGUGUUUUUCCUCUUCUUUGGGAUGAUGCUAUUUUUUGAUAAAGCUCUGCUGGCCAUAGGAAAUGUCCUGUUCGUGUCCGGCCUGUCCUUCGUCAUUGGCCUGGAGCGCACCUUCAGGUUCUUCUUCCAGAGGCACAAAGCGAAAGCCACCGGCUUCUUCCUGGGAGGAGUCUUUGUGGUUUUGAUCGGCUGGCCGAUCGUUGGGGUUGUUCUGGAGAUCUAUGGUUUCUUUCUUUUAUUCAGGGGAUUCUUCCCUGUGGCAGUGGGAUUCAUCAGACGAGUACCUGUGCUCGGAUCGUUGCUCAGCUUACCAGGGAUCAGUACUCUGGUGGACAAAAUCGGUGAGAGCAACGCCAUGGUAUAACACAAGCUGCUAACACACAACAGGAAACUCCAGUUUAUCCUGGUUUCUAAGUGUGACUUUACAUUUUGAUCAUUUCCACCUCAGAGCAGUGGAUUUAAAUGUUUUAAUUUAAACAUCCAGAUGUGUUUGUGUAUCUGCUGCUGAAUAACAGCACAAAUGUUUUUUUUUAACUUGAUUUUAUUUAAGAACCAUUCCUUUGUGAUGAUUGUGGAAUGAAUAUUUGGGACCAAUGGAACGUCUCAGAGGUGUGUGGGGGGCAGUCGUGAACCUUUAAUAGAACCCAGUUCUCCAGACUUUGUGCCUGGGAACAUUUUUAUGUUCCUGUGUUAGACAUUUUGAACUUUGAAAGAAAGAAGACAGAGCUAAACUUUACAGAAAUUUGAACUGUUGUGAAGAAAAAAAAAUUGCAGACAUUUAUACUGUAACUUUUAUUGUAACUUUUGUAAGUUCAUACUUGCAUUAAAGUGUCUUUUUAUAAAUA